UCGGCCCUGAAACUGUCGUGAACGCCGAACCAAGUGGCUUUUCUUUCGCAAGACCUACAACUCCAAUAAAAUGCUUCUUGUUUAGAUUCGACACAUCUACAAAUAGACCAAUUGCUUCUCGGGACCGACCCGAAAGCUCGUCAAUUGGCUUGUCAAAAUAUUUUCCAAUCGGCGCGACCGCAUUCACGCGACAGCACCGAUCUCGGGCACGGAUGAAAUCGCGGAUGCCCGCCAUUUGGUCCACUUCCACAACAUGAUGAAUGCCAGCAGCAGUCGAUCCCACCCGCAAUCAUGAUCACACGAAACAUACCCCGAGCAGCGUUGCUCUCCUCGAGGCCGACGCUCUCGAGCUGUCAGCACCGACACCUGCCACCAUGGCCGCCUCGGUUCCCUUCGAGCCGAAUCCGCGCGCUCAUCACCUCGACCCCGCGACGGGCAAGCGCUCCUCCCACUCCGCCGUCAUCGUCCACCGGCCCCGGCUCCCCACGGUCUCCCGCAGUGACGCCCUCGAAGGACUUUCUGGCCACGCCGGACAAGACCAACCAGGAGCAGAGGAAGGCGGACUGGGCUAUAAUAAAGGAGAUGUCCCACUACCUAUGGCCCAAGGACAGCUUCAACACAAAGAUGCGCGUCGCUCUGGCCGUGUCUCUGCUGAUCAGCGCCAAGGUCCUCAAUGUACAGGUACCCUUUUACUUUAAGAGCAUCGUAGACGCCAUGAACGUGGACGUUGGCGCCAUGGGUGGCACGGCGGCUGCGGUCGCGGGCUCUAUGAUACUUGCGUACGGCGCAACGCGAAUCGGCGCGACUGUUUUCCAGGAGCUUCGCAACGCCGUCUUUGCCUCAGUCGCGCAGAAGGCGAUCCGUAAGGUUGCAGCCAACGUCUUUGAUCACCUGCUGCGGCUGGACCUGGCUUUCCAUUUGUCCAAACAGACUGGUGGUCUGACGAGAGCCAUCGACCGUGGAACCAAGGGCAUUAGCUUUUUGCUCACCAGCAUGGUCUUUCACGUCAUCCCGACGGCCUUAGAGAUCACCAUGGUCUGCGGUAUCUUGACCUGGCAAUACGGGGCGCAGUUCGCCAUGAUAACAGCCGUCACCAUGAGCGCAUAUACUGCCUUUACGAUCUGGACCACAGCGUGGAGGACAAAGUUUAGGCGCCAAGCCAAUGCCGCCGAUAACCGGGCUUCGACCGUAGCUGUGGACUCUUUGAUCAACUACGAGGCCGUCAAAUACUUCAACAAUGAAAAGUACGAGGUCAAACGCUACGAUGAUGCUCUGAAACAGUACGAGAAGAGCUCCAUCAAAGUCGCGACCUCGCUCGCGUUCCUCAACAGCGGGCAGAACAUCAUCUUUUCUUCCGCCUUGACUGCCAUGAUGUACCUGGGUGCAAAUGGCAUUGCUCAGGGAAACCUCUCGGUUGGUGAUCUGGUCAUGAUCAACCAGCUCGUUUUCCAGUUGUCAGUGCCGCUGAACUUUCUUGGCUCCGUCUAUCGUGAGCUGCGUCAGUCUCUGCUUGACAUGGAGACGCUCUUCAACCUGCAAAAGGUCAACGUUACUAUCAAAGAGCAGCCGGAUGCCAAGCCACUCUCUUUGAGCAAGGGCGGCGAGAUUCGGUUUGAGAAUGUCAACUUCGGCUACCACCCUGAUCGUCCCAUCCUACGUGAUCUGACCCUUACCAUCCCAGCCGGGAAGAAGGUGGCUAUAGUAGGCCCCAGCGGCUGCGGAAAGUCGACGCUUCUUAGACUUUUGUUUAGGUUCUAUGACGCGCAGUCUGGCAGGAUUUUAAUCGACGACCAGGAUAUCCGCAGCGUGCAGCUUGACUCGCUCCGUAAAAGCAUCGGAGUUGUGCCGCAGGACACCCCACUCUUCAACGAAACUGUGGAGCUCAACAUCCGAUAUGGCGACAUGUCGGCGCCGCGAGAGCAGGUUGUGGCAGCGGCGAAACGUGCCCGCAUUCAUGAUACGGUGGAGUCAUGGCCUGACGGAUAUGCGACCAAGGUUGGCGAGAGGGGGCUGAUGAUAUCGGGAGGUGAGAAGCAAAGACUGGCCGUGUCGCGGCUGCUGCUCAAGGACCCGCCGCUGUUGUUUUUCGACGAGGCUACGAGUGCAUUGGACACGCAUACGGAGCAGGCUCUGAUGCAGAACAUCAACUCGAUUCUGCGUGAAAAGAGCCGCACCAGCGUCUUUGUUGCACACCGAUUGCGGACCAUCUAUGACUCUGAUCUCAUCAUUGUUCUCAAGGAGGGCCAUGUAGCCGAGAUGGGCUCUCACAAGGAGUUGAUUGACCGAGGUGGUCUGUAUUCUGAGCUUUGGAGUGCACAAGAAACACUGUUCAAUGCGGAUGGGUCGGAGAAAAACGAAGAAGUGCCGGAUAAGAGCGGUCGCCCCAGAUCAUAGUGAAUUCUUGGCGCAUUAGAUGAACCGGACUCUCAUAAUCCCGGCCGGAUGUGCGAAUCUGCAUUUGACGGCGUUUUGGUACGGGCGCUUUAAGGUCCGGCAUACGAAGUACAUGGUGCCGGCAGCUGGCGUCUUUGCAUAUACAUAGAUUAGCGGUCUGAUCCUGGAUAUUCUCCCGACAUGUGACUGGGAUUAUCUUUUUUUGCUUUGUUGAUUUCGGCACCUUAUAGAGACUGCACAUUAUACCCUUCCGUUUUUUUCUAUGGGUGCUUACCCGCCUCUAUUAAGCUAGGGGGGAAUAUUUCUUGUCUGGCCAUCCAGCAAACGCCAACGUAGCGAGCUACAGGCAUUUUGCCAACUAAAUUACAGGCCACACCCUUGUCGACAGAUCUGUAAGAAAUCGUCCGCCUCACUUUCCGCUUAUCAUUACCCGUCUUUUCAUCUUUCACCGCCCCCAAAAUAAAACUGAGACAAAUCGAAGAGAGAAAAAAAAUGCCGCCUUGCUCAGACAAAUGUCCGACCCUGAGGCGGCCGACGCCAAGCGUGGGCCGCCGCCCGAAAGGCAUCCACGAACCGGCCCCGGAACCCACUCCGCGCCCGCACUGACUGAUAAUCGGACAAGGGUUGCAGAAGCGCUUCUUGGGCCUGCUCGUGUUCUUCAUCGCCGCCUUGGGGAAAGCGGCUAUCCAUGGCAUUUUUCUCGGGAGACUUGAGCAGCACCUUGCUGCUGCCGCUACCGCUGCUGCUGGCGCCCACCGCUUUCUUGCUACUGCUGCUGCUACCGCCGCCGCUGCUCGGGAAAAACCCCCGGUCCUUGACCGGGACCUCGUCAAACUCCUCGCCCCGCAGGGGCCAGAAGGUCUUGGAGAGCUUGCGAGGCGGCGCGACGCUGUAUGCGGGCGGCGGGCCGGACGGCGCCGGGGCCGGUGGCGCUCUGAACUCCUCGACUGCUGGCGCUGAUGCCGCUGCUGGCACUGGUGCUGGUUCCGGUGCCCGUGUCUGUAGUGCUGUCGCUCGCUGUAGCGGCCGAGGGCGGUCAAAAUCCGGCAUCGACUGCUGGACGUGGAGUCGCGAUAUCUCGCCCUGGCCUCUGGCUCGCCGCCGGGCUGCACAGCGGCCUCCUACGGCGUGGGGACUGCAGCCGACGGAGGCCCUUUUGUUGGAGCAUCUACGGCCCAUUGUAACUUUCUGGUCUCGAGGUUUUAUUUUGGCGUGGGGGUCUUGCCGGGAAUGCUCUCGUCGUCUUAUCAGUCAGGGGGGACAGGUGACCAAAUGGAACAGAGAUGAUGGUUAUCUUGCCAAGGAGCAUGACCACUGCACGUCUUUUUUUGCAAACAUUGCUUGAUAGCUACUGGAAUAAAUAUAAAAAGUCUAUCUCGUCCGGUCCG